AUGGAUGAUGGAGGCAAAGGAGGAUUGAGAAAAAGGAAUGUGGUUGGGGAGUUGGCCGGUGUGGGUAAUGGUGGUUCAAGUGUGGAGAGAAGCCAAGCAGCCCUGCGCGCUGCAGCCUGCGCAAAGGAGCUGCUGCCUGGAGCUUCUUUGGAGCAAAUAAUCGAACAGCUGGUGGGCAAUUGCAGAGGGGCAUUUCCAGCUUCUCCAACUGAUUUUCCGGCGAGGGGAGGUGCAGCUGCACCUCCUUGCGCCUCUGUAGAUCCGCCAGUGGCUCGCUCAUUUAAAGAUAUAAAGUUUAGACUAUCUAGCGGAUGCCUUAGAUUCUCUUGGGCAUUCCAUUCAUUCAUCUCUGGUUUGGCAUCAUGA